ACCUUGGCCGCGUCGCGACGCUCCGUUCCGGCGACCCGCGACCCGCGACACGGCGCCCGAACCGCGCGACGCCCGCACCGGCGGCGCCGGCCAUUUCCGCCUCGAGUCAUGCACCUGAGCCCUGUCCGGGGGCCCGCAUCCCCGUCCUGGCUGCCCGCGGUGCGAUGGACGCCCCUUCGCCGCCCGCGCCCGCCACGCCCUCGCUCCCCGUCGACGCCCGCAUCCUGAGGUCCCCCUCCCGGGAGUCCGUCACCACCGAGCUCUCCAUGCUCUCCGUGUCCUCCGCCGAGCCCGCCAGGAUCCGCCUCCUCGGCUUCCACACCGCCAGGAGUGUCAGCCCCAACCCGGACUCCGAUAGACCAGUUAUCAACAGGCCGCCAGGGAUCCCGGAGGUGCAAUGGUGCGACGAGGAGAACGACGUGAUCCGCUCUUGCGCGGCGCUCUCGGCCAUGCUCGGCCUCCAGAAGUCCUUCAGCACUUCGGACAUCGCCCAGAUCCCGAACCACCCCGGCCUGGGGCCGGGGGCCACCCCCCUCGGCUCCCCCUUUGCCCCGCUCGGCCCUCUCGGCGACGCCUUCAGCCCCGGCUGCCUCCGUGCCGCUGUCUCCGAGCUGAGCCUGUCCCCGGCCCAGAAGAACAGCUACCUCCUCUGUCAGUCCAAACUCGAGAACACCUCCCGCUCUUGCUCCACAUGGGUGGCUGUCGGUGACGCCGCCACGUCCCAGCUCCCGUCGCCCCACGGUGGGCACCCCUCGGCGGCUGUUUCGCAACACCUAACCUGCAUCUCUCCCGCAGAUCUCGUCCGAUCCGUCAAUAAAAAAGUGCGCCAGAACUACAUCCGGCGGAAACUUUUGACGACCUACAAAGCACUGGAGCGCUUCUCUUUGAGCAAAUGCAACCUGGACACGUUAGGGGUAGCAGCGGCCGCCGCUCAGGCCGCCACGGCCGCCCGCGCUAAAAAGGGCGCCGAGACGCCCACAGCAACAUCCACCCCCAGCCAAGGGACGUCCUUCCUCGCUGUACCCGGGGCCGCAGGGGGAGGGGGUGGGGGAGGAGGAGGGGCGCCUCGUUCGCAUUCCCAGUCCGGACUCAACACCCUCCUCAAGGCGGUGAACAAGAGCAAGACUCUCACGGUAGGGGAUGUAGAGAGGGAGAGGGGGAAACCCCUGUCCAAGUACGAUAGGAAUAUUAUGAUAUUUAAUUGGCUCCACCAGCUGGAGCCGGAGGAUUGUGAGUGCUACGCUGAGCCUGUUUAAGCACCCACAAGUGGAAAAAGGAGGGGGAAAAAAACAUCCGAAGAGAUGUAGGUAUGCGUCGCAGGCAAUCGGUCAAAUCAGGCGUUUUGUCAAAUGCCCGGGCAGAAAGUCAAAUUUAACACUAGAAAAAAAAAAAAAACACAUUGGAUCUAGAGUCCAGACUCUUAAAAACAUCGGAAAGAAAAUGUGCUGUUGAUUCAAUCAAAAUCCAGCUUAAAUCGAGAUUCUAGCAAAAAUCCGAUUGAAUCAAGAGUAUUUUUUCUUGUCAAUGUUUUCAAAAGUCUGGACUCUAGAUCCAAUGUUGUUUUUUUCCAGUGAACAGUUUACCAAAUGUCUGAAAUUUAUGUCGAAGAGCUCGCCAGCUUUCAAUAUUUUAUAUGUAGUAAAAAUAACUCAUCAAAUAUACAAACUCUUCUCGUUUCUUCCUCUUCAAAUGCUUAUCAUACAUCUAAAUGUUAAAAUUUUAAAAAAUUCUGUAUCUUAUAAUGCGCUGAAAAGCUUCAGAUAAACAGGAGCUAAAAGUUGUUUCGAAUACUAUCGCACGAAGCAUACUUUUACAGAGAAUUCCUCCUUACGGGAACGACGAGCUUUUUUUGUCAAAAAUUAGGGAAAGAAUCAGAAUUUCAAUCUAAACAAGAAGAUUAGACCAUUUGCCUAUGCAUUUGACAAAAUGCCUGAUUUGACUAUUUGCCUGCGACAUAUCAAUAAUGGACGUUUUUGAGCCCACCUUGGCUAAAAACCCUUAUUACUAAAA